GGCGAACAUCCCAAAAACCUGGGACUUCAAAAUUAUCCAAAUUAUUCAUACUAUUGAGCCAUGAUCAAGAUUCUAAGGAGCCUGUCAGCCAGAGGCCUCCAGCUCGCCAGGAGACUCCAUACGCGACCGCAGCUCUGCCAGGAGCCCGGCGUCUUCGUCCAUCCGGAGCUGCGUCGCACCAUUCCCCUCGUCUACUUCAGCAAAGGGGAACUGCCGCCCAGACGGCAUCAAGAAGUCCCAUGCAACCGGCAGUGCCAGAUAUCUGCCUUGGAGAGGAAUCGAAGAUGCACGGAGGCCUUCCAUCAGUUUUGCAGUAGGCAACACAAAUGCUUUUCCAGCACCUACCAGUGGGCAGAGUUCCGGCGAAAGUUGAUCUACGGCAGUUACUAGCGUGGAGCAGCCCAGCUAAAACUAAAUCCAUCGAAAGACUCUUAAAUAUCCAUUAACUCCAGCACUGUGGCCUAAAAACUGUUUUGUUCUGAUCCGACUCGCCAGCCAGGUCAAAACAAGAGCGUUUUUAAGCCACAAUGCCAGGUUCAGUACCAAAUGCAUGGCUGAGUUCGAGCAAUAAUACAGGAUGACAUGGGAAACGA